AUGGCACCCUCUACUAUUCAUCUGAAAAAGAGAAAAACUAACGUGGUGGCAGUGUCCCGCGUGGUAACUAGAAGAGAGUCGACAGCUGUCAUGUUAAAUGAGUUCACGGAUGCCCAGCUCCACUUGGCACUGAGACUAGUUCACACAGUAGCUUUUAGAGGGGGACAAUGAAUACUCAUCCUCCAGAUAGGUUUUGGAUCUUUAUAUAACAGAGUAGGCUUGGCAGCAUUAACUAGAGAGUGACAUUUCUCAGUCAUGUCAUGUUAGCCCAGGUGGUAAUGGAUGUCUGGCUGGGUCCGGACUUCCUGCUCUGAUGAGCAUCACAGCCAGGCUAACACUACUGCUAUGCUAGCAGGCUGCAGGCUGACUGAGCUCUCUAUUGUCUGUCUCUCUCUCUGUCUGUUACUCCGUCUCCCUCCCUCCCUCCGUCCGUCCACAGAAGGGCGACGUGAAGCCCCCAGCCAAGCCCUCCCACUGCACCAUCCAAGUGGCCAAGACGUACCCCUCCUGGCAGCACAAUACCCUCUCUCUGCUGGGAAAACACUACAAGACGAGUACUAACCCCCAGGAAUCUGCCUGGUUGGGAAUCAGACCGGGAAGACUGAGUGAGCCUAUGAACUUCACUCAACUGUAUGUCCCAAAUAGCACUAUAAGCGGAAUAGGGUCCUAUAGGGCUCUGGUCAAAACUAGUGCACAAUGGCUGCAUUUAUUGCUGCGCUUAAUUUAUUUGCCCAAUUAUUGGCUAAAGAGCUGAUCUGAUUGGUCAAAAGACCAAUUAUUGAAAAAAAUAUCAGAAUUGGGCUUCCUGUGUAAAUCCAGCUGAGGGAAUAGGCUGCCAUUUAAGGCACAGCCUUGGUCUUUUUAGAAAUAGAUUGUUCUGGAAUGUAUCUGCGUUUCAGCUUGUCCCUCCUGUUGAUUUGGGGAGGAGUGGCUACAGAAUAUAGAGACCCUACUGUGAUCCGCCCAGAGGCAGAGAAAGUUGUUAUGCUGCUGAUGACCUGGAAUCCCCCUGAUGAUAGACUGACACUCUCCCCUGUGCGCGUGUGUGCGUGUGUGUUCUUCCCUGGAUGUGUGUUCUCAGAGCAACAAGGGCACUCUGCCUGAUACCAAGGUCAUUGCCUUGGAGCUGGGCACCCUGCCGAAGAUCUAG